GUGCGUUUUAUGGAACAGCACGUUACAUCUGACUGUCCACGUAGGCCGGUCGUUUGUCAGUUCUGCCAAGAGAAGUCUGAAAUGCACGAUCUACUCGCGCAUAUGGAGACCUGCAAACGCUUUCUCAUUCCCUGUCCCAAUGAAUGCAAAGUGAAGGAGUUGCCUAGGGAGGAGUUGACUUUCCACUUGGAAAAUCAAUGUCCACUGCAGGUGAACAGUUGUCCCUUCACGGAGCAGGGAUGCAACUUUCGAGGUAGGAAAAAAGAGAUUCGGGCUCAUCUUCAAGAGGAAAUUAUACUGCAUGUCCUACUACUGAGAGAUGCUGUUCAGGGUUUCCGCAAUUUGCUCGAUAUACAGGUUCAAGCAAUUCGUGAGAGCCAAGCAACGUUUAAGAAACUUCAAAUGAAGCUUCAACGAUGCGAGACCUUCUUCGAGACAUCUUUUAUUUGGAGAAUUGAUGGCUAUGGAAAGAAAGUUGAGGAAGCACAACAGGGCCGAAAGGCAACAUUGUUCUCCAGCCCAUUUUAUAGCCAUCGUAAUGGAUACCGAGUAUGCCUGUCAAUUUGUCCGAAUGGAGAACAACGAGUUAGAGGAAAGUAUCUCUCGGUAUUUAUCUGUAUAUGUCGUGGAGAAUAUGAUGCCUUACUGAGUUGGCCAUUUUCGUUGCCAAUAACUUUGAAACUCCUCGAUCAGAAUAUUAAUCCUGAUCUACGUCAAGAUCAUCAAGUAACAAUUCGACCGAAUCCAAUCCCGAGUAAUAAUGCUUACCUGAAGCGACCUUCUAGCGAGCGCAAUCAAUGCUUUGGAUCACCGAGGUUUCUCGAGUUAGAACAACUCCAUCUGCGCGAUUAUGUCGUCGAUAAUACCAUCUUCAUCAAGGUUAUCUUUGAUAUUAGCGUAUAG